GGAGAAAUGAAGGAAAAAUCGUCUUCGUAGCAAUCGAUUCCGAAUCGCACUCACGGGGAGGAUAAUAUUGUCCAUGUUCGGUCUAAUAUACGGUGAUUGAAUUAUUCAAUUCAUCAAAAUCGGUCGGAAAAGUGCGUGAAAAUGUAGCUGGCGAAUCCGUGGAGUGGAAUUCCCUAUCAAAAGUGAUUACAAAGUGUCCAAAGUAGUGUGAAAUUUCAACAGUGAAAAUCGUGGAAAACAAAACGGUGUUUUCUCUUUGGAGGUCAAAACUGCAAAACUAGUGCAAUGUAAAACAGGAAUGAAAAAUUUGGACAGUGUCAUUUUUCAACCACGACAUUUGUUCUAAUGAGACAAGAAUAUAAAUUAGGUCUGUGAGCUUUAAUUAGUGUCAAAAUAAAUCUAGAAGCAACUACAUCGACCAAGAAGAGCCUGCAAUGGAUGAGGAUGCUCUGGUGGCUCGGGCCAAAGAGGAACGAGCCAAAAUAUUCCAGCGGUAUGACCUAGGUCGGGAACAAGGCGCGGAAAUCGAUGCCUGGGAGGACCCCGCUUUCGAGGUGUAUCAUCAAACCGAUCGAUAUGGCUUCAUUCAUGACAAGCGGUUGCCAAAGAAGCACGAUCCACAUGAGACCAAAGCCAACGAGAUCGAGAUGGAACGGGUCAAAAAGUGGCUCAAAAUGCUCAGCAAAAUAGAUCCCUCCAAAGGUCCACCAACGCAAUCCAUCUUCGACCAACCUAAGCUCCACAAACGGGUCUACAAAGGCAUUCCGGAUAGUUUACGUUCGAAAGUCUGGGCUAGGCUACUGAAUUUGGAAAAAGUCAUGAUGGAAGCGAAGAAUCGCAACAAGUACCAGGAGAUGCUGACACUGGCACGGACCUGGAGCACCGAAGCCAGACAAAUCGAUUCGGACGUCAACCGGCAGUUUCGGGAGCAUGUGUUUUACCGGGAGCGGUAUAGCAUCAAGCAGAAAAGUCUUUACAACGUCCUGGUGGCGUAUAGUAUGUACAACACUGAGGUUGGGUACUGCCAAGGAAUGUCCGGCCUCGCUGGAGUGUUACUGAUGUAUAUGGAUGAAGAGGAGGCGUUCUGGGCGUUGAGUAUAUUGCUCUCAGAUAGGAAAUAUGCUAUGCAUGGUUUGUUCAUAGAAGGCUUUCCCAAACUGACACGCUUUCUUGCCCACCAUGACAAAAUCAUAGCCAAAUUUAUACCAAAGCUAAAAAAACACUUUGAUCAGUACAAUCUGGACUCAAUACUCUACUCGUUGAAAUGGUUCUUUGUUGUGUUUAUUGAAAGGAUACCGUUCAGUUUAUGUUUACGCGUUUGGGAUGUAUAUCUUCUGGACGGCGAGAAAGUUGUUACUGCCAUGGCUUACACCAUAUUACGUUUGCAUAAAACCAAGAUUUUGAAGCUCAAAGAUAUGGAUCUAAUUGUGCAAUAUAUACAGACAAAGCUGCACAUAGAUUUCGGAUACGACGACGAUUUCGUCAUCCAAACGUUGGAAAAGUGUAUGGAGGAACUGCGAAAAGCAGGCUUGGAGCUUCCACCGCCGGCCAGUGAAAUUGAACUGCCAAAAAAGCCGUUUGGUGUUUUUGUAGAACCAUCCGUCGAGGCUAAGAUCGGCCAACGCAAGAAGGAGUUCUCUAACACGGAGAAGGAAGUAACAGAGACUGUGAAGACAAAGCGUGAAAUUACUGCCCAAGAAAUUUCUGCUUUGAAUCAAGCUAAUGCUAUAGGAAGUGGUUCCAAUACCCCACUAAAUACCGGCAACAUUCCCGAAUCAGAAGACGGCGGUUCGCUGCUGGGCAGUUCGCGUAAAUCGUUGGCGGACACAUCGGUUACUUCAACGGCCGACUUAAGCGUGCUUUCCGGUGGUCAGAGUCAACGUUCUCACAAUGCGUUCGACGUGAGCUACGAAGAUCAUCCAAAGACCAUUGAAAGUGCAGAUGAGGGUGAAGGAGAAAGCAGUCCUGGAUUACGGAAACGAGCGAUUAUUCUCUCGGCAAAACAGAAACCAACCGCCAAGGGCCCAACGUCCGCCAUCGGUUCAAUGAGUGUGGUAGCUCGAAGUCCUUCAGCUCAACCGACGCCUAGGGCAAUGUCUCCCCUCGAUGUUGUGCGCAUUUAUGUCCCGCCAGCUCCUCCGGAAGAGCUGCAGAAAACUACGAGCCAGUCGGCAUCCGCCAGCACAGUCGGGGCAGCAGUCUCCUCCGGGACGAAGGAUGUCUCCAACAAAAACACAAAUCGUUAUUCGAAUGGAUCAAACUACUCCGGUGCCGGUACACCGAUCGUGGUAAGUCGUUUGAGUAAUUACAACGAUGAAGAUGAGGAUGAUUCGAAGACUAGACGGAAUAGCGAAAUCGAGUUAUAUCAACCAGCUACGUAUAGCAGUGGUAGGUUUGAGUUUGGCAGUGACUAUGGAACUACUUCAUCGAUCCAGAACUAUGCUGCCAAUGGGAGAUCUACUUCCAGUUCGCGGCGUGGAAGUAUGUCGAGAAAAUCCCCAGCACCAAUGCUGGAUGGUGAGUUCAUAAUUGAGUGUAGUCAUCUUAAAGGGAGGAAGUAUGUGCCGGAUCAUCACACUAGUCAUAGCAGUUUGAAUCAGAGUGGUGUCGUGCGAGUAAGAAAUGGCUCAGAGAAUAAUAUCCAUAGGAUGACGUCGUUUGAGGAGCUGGCGAAAAAUAAAUAUCUUGGAGGAAGCAGUAGCAGUUUGCUGAAAAACAUCAAUGACGAUUACAUCAUUCGACAAAUGAUACGAGCGAAAGGGAACAGAAUGACAAAGAGUGAAGUUUAUGAGACAGUAGAUAGCAGUGAAAGCGGAAGUAACGAUCGAUAUGAAAUUUAUGCGUCUAUAAAUUCUCAAAAGAUUGCUAGGGGGCAUAAAAGCGAUUACAACAUACAGUACAAGAAUAUGUCGACAAGGGGACCGGUGGGCGAUACGCAACUUCAAGAGUACAACAGCAUCGAGUACAAGACAUUCAAAACUCGACAGAGUAGCAAAGAGAGUGGGAAUGAUAGUAGUCCAUUUGAUUACGAUCUGUUAUCGGAUAACCGGCACGAAAACAACGUCAUCAGAGAUUAUAAUAGAUUUUUCAAUAAUGAAGACGACGACGAAGAUAAGUUAUUGAACAAGUCCUCAGACGAGUCUUCCACUAGUCCUCCGCCCAAUAGGCAGGUGCAAUAUGUUCAGCAAAACCCUUCUUACACUAAUAGCCCAAAUUUUGAGACUGCUCCACUUUUGUCUCCAACCUCUGCUGGCCGUAAAAUGUCCGUCCCAAGUCACAAUUCUUCCAUUCCAGUGAGCAAUAGUGUUAAACGCAACAAAUACGCUACGGAGUCAUUCCGGUUAGAGCUAUCCUCACCAUUGACGUCAUCAAACCGCCGCAACACAAACGAAUCAACUUCUUCGACAGCAUCGUCUGCUUUUGCUGCACGACAAAACCAUCAGCAGCAACAGCAAUCGACCGGAUCGCGCAUCCCAAUUAUCAAAUCUCCAACAUCACCACCUUCCUCGAACCAAGGUUCUCUGAGGAAACCUCACAAGUCACGGAUACCAACAUCACAGCAAUCGAUCACAUCACCUUUGUCCCCUACUGGUUCCAUCACCCAAUCGAACGGUCGCAACGCAACCACCGGAAGUCGAAUACCUGCUGGUCCGUUUUCCCCUAUUCUUCCCGGUCAAACGCAACGAAGUCAGCACGAUUCAAGUCUGGGACGGCCACGCAUCGGGUCGUCCAGCUCGGCCCACCAAAUUCAGCAGGCAACCGAUUCGAACAAAAUCCGAAUAAAGGUAAACCAAUCGCAAUCCUACAGCUCCGGCUAGGGAGGCAAUAUUAAACGACGCCAGUGACUGUUGUUUUCUACUUGAACAAGAAAAAUAGGUAAUAAUUAAGUCUGCAUCUCUCGAAAUGUCUCUCUAUCUAUCUUUACAUUCCAGCUGUUAAUGAAUAGGAAUUUAUUUUUUAACAGUAUAGCUUCUAUAUUUUUAUGCAAAUCGUACGUGUUCAAGCAAAGCUUACAAAACUUGUUUAUUGUUUAUCGAAAAGCUUUUCCGUUUUGGUCUAAAAGUUUUUUGCAAUAUUUGAAUUGUAAAUUCGUAAAUUUUAAUAUGUUUUAAAAAACAAACGAGCAAUUCAUUCUAACGUGCAUUUAUUUGGUUAAUCUACUGAAAAUAAUAGCAAAGCGGUAAUGAAACGUGAAAAUAUGUUUUAGAAUGUCAAUAUAUCGUAGUGUAGCACUGCUGUAUCGGACACGAAUCUUUAAGUUGCGCUAACCAAUAAUACUGGAUCCAAUCCAAGAAUCUCGUUCAUAUGGACUGAAUAUGCCGAAAUUGUGGAGAAUCUCAAUUUGAUACGAACUGGGUGUGUUCUGGUUACGAUAGUAGUUUAAAAUGAACACCAAACAAUAUUUCUUUCUGAUCAGUACUACAUCACAAUGACAAUAGCCUUUUAAUAAACGUCGUUCAAUAUGAAUAGUUGUAGAAUGAAAUAGUAUGGUAUGACAGUUGAGUUUUCUGUUGUUAUCUUCUUAUAUCAUUUAAAAAAAUUGAUCACUUUUGUUUAAUACCCAAUUAUAAUAUAUUUGUUAAUAAAUUCAAAACAUAAUAAAAAUGUUUUUUUGAUAGGUGACCCAAAUAGUUUACCAAACACAAACAAAACAAUUACUUAACAAUUUCACACAUUCUACUACGUCUAGUAUAUCCCGCAAUCCACUGUUUGUCAUAUUGACAAAUAUUUGUCAAGUUUAUCCGGGCAUCUAUCAGACUGAUUAGAAAUCGGCAUGGAUUUCAGGCUGACUUGGCAAAUAUUUGUCAUCAUGACAAAUAGUGUACUGAGGGCUUAUCACUAAUAAUCGAUCGAUCGGUUUAGGAACAAACUACAGCGAAUUGGACACUAUGGUUAACAGCGCAUAGCAGAAGAUCAUGAUGCAGCUCGUGACUCAUGCGUCUGCGUCACACACCAUUUUCUAGUCUCCCACCGAGUAUUGUACGCAGUACUUUUUGCUCGAAAACCCUAAAAUCUAACUAUGUCUGAAACUCCAUUAUGCAUUUGAACAAAAUGUGAAAGAUUUAGAUCGAAAAAGGUUUUGGAGGGUAACCGAAUCCUUCGGUGGGGUUUGAUCCCACGUCCCACGAAACCAGUACGCCAUACAAGUGCUUUCCCUACUAAGCUACGAAGGACCUCCGUUGGCCUCCACACCUGUCUAGCGUACUGGUUUUGUGGGAUCAAACCUCACCGAAGGGAGCGCAGCGGUUACCCUCCAAGUCGAGUCAAGUACGAGACACUGAAGACGACCUUACAUUCUCUUCAUGCUGCCUUUACUUUGCAGUGGAGUGGCCACUAGCCAUCAAACUAGCCAUUUCGAUGGCGUCACUGUUCAGCGUCUAACACUUUCUGCGCUGUUGUAGUCACUGUUUCAUGGAUAUUCUCCCAUAAUCUGUUGACGUUGCCAGAUCCGUUGGCAUCUCACAUCCGCGCAUCCAACUUGGAUAUCGAAACCUAUCGUUCUGUUAUAUUGUGAAUUCGUCACGCCGCCACGCUGGAUAGUCGAGCUCGAUUUGUUUCAACUAAAAGGUUCGGGCCUUACAUCUAUAAGUCUUUUACGGCCGUUCAAUGCCGUCCGUCGAUCACCACAUGGUCUAUCUAAGAGCAAAUGUCGCCCUCGGAUGUUGCCAGAUGUGUUCGCGGAUAUUCUUACGUGCGAAAUAGGAAGGAGAAGUUGCCCGGUUGAGGGCUCCCUCGCUAGACAUUUCAACAGUUAUCAUUAAUAGUGAGGAAGAUUGCCAUUGUCAAUAUUUCUGUUUUUUCCACAUGCCAAAUUCGGUUCCAUUUGCUUAAUUAGCUCUCGUGUUAUGCGGAAAUCGAUGUUCCAAUCAUGUGCUAAUGUUUGCCUAUUAAAUUUUAUUUUGAUUCAAUCCAACAAUACAACAAUUUUUGAAGGAGUUUGUAAUUUUUAUUUUUGAAAAUUCAAAUUACAGAUAUUUUUUUUUAAUUGUACGGAGCUUAAAUCGGCAUUCAUGUUUCAUAAAGGCGGAAGCCACAAACAUGUGAACCGCGUCCGGUCAACUACCACCGGGAGCUUGUAGAGCUCCACGUCGUCGGUCGAACGGAAGUGAGAAUCACUGUGAGUGUGAGUAGUCUUUGAUUUUGCUACCGUUUUGACUCAAAUUCCACACAUGACUCAUUAUUCGAACACUUGCGAUAAAAUGACCAUUUAGCUUUAUUCGUGUAAAUUUCUCCAUAGGAUCUUGAAUUCGUUUGUAGUCUUGAUCCUCAGUGCGGAAAACCGAUGAAUAUUUUAGUUUAGGGGCGGGUUAGGGUUUAAACGCAACUGUUCGGAAUAUGAGUCAUGUUUGGGAUUUGAGUCAAAACGGUAAUUAUUUAAAUUGAGCCUUUCGCCUUUUUGUCGAUUUUGUAGUUACGUCUAUUUUAACUAUUCUCAAUGACAAUAUCAUUCUCUGUGGAACGCACCCAACAUGAAUAUGUUUCAAUCAUAACCAUAGCUAAAUAUAUAAAACAUUCCACUCACACAACAGUUAAACAAUAUGAGGCCCGAAACUUAUGAACUCGGAAGUACUGAUGAAAUACUACAUGCAACAACUGUUAUUAAACGACAUUGUAAAUUUAAAAAAAUCAAAAAUAAAACUCCAGGUUCUAGGCAUUAUAAAAUAAUAAUUAUUGUUUACUUGCCAUAAGAUGAGUUCCUAUUCCAUCGUACCUGACUCGACUCCUAGAGACACCAAACACGAUCUUAUUAUUGAGGUCAAAUUACGUAAAAUUUAAAAGGUGGUGGAGUUAAAUGGAAUUGUACCAACUCGUCUAAUGGCAAAAAAAAACAUUCCACUAAAGAAAAUAAUUUUCUAUUUAAAUGAAUAAAAACAAAUUUCUUGAAUUUGAGAAUCCAAUUCUACUUUAUACUUUUGGUUCAGUUACUGCUUACUGUAACAAAGUCACUACUAAUUUUCGAUUAAAAUAAUAGUCUAGCUGAUUGAUGGCAUAUUAGGUUGGGCAUUCACAGCUCUAUCAAAAUGCAUAUUAGAAUGUUUACUGUUUCUUUCUAUUGAAGAAUGGAACUUGGUAAUAUUGAAAAGCAAAUUAUUUAUUAAAUUAUUUUCUAUGACUAUAUAUUGCAAGAAGAUGAAAAGAAGAUAUAAAACAAAAUAUUUAUAUUUGAAGCGAAACCUUAAGAUUUUACAUUAAUUUGACGGUAAAGCUAUAUAUUGUAUAUUGACCGCAUAUUGUAAUCGAUACCGACGCCACAACGUUUCGCUUGUCAUCGUAGAGAUUUGAAAACUUUUAUUCUAUCAAAACUGUAUUGACAUGUGUUAGCGCUGCGAACACAUUUUUUUUAAAUAAAAACGCAAAAAUCUUA